AUUGGUCCUUAUGGCUUCCACUGACAGAAUGGUGGUAUAAUUCCACCUUUCAUUCUGCCCUGCAGUCCACUCCCUAUGAAGCCCUCUAUGGACAACCACCUCCCCACCAUCUCCCUUAUUUGGCUGGAGCCUCUCAAGUGGCCUGUGUUGACAGGAGCUUACAGCAUCGAGAGGCAGCUCUAAAGCUCCUUCAAUACCACCUCAAGCGUGCUUAGGACAGGAUGAAGCAAAUGGCUGAUAGACAUCGCAGUGACCGUGAGUUCCAGGUGGGAGACUUGGUGUUUCUUAGGCUGCAACCCUAUAGACAUACCUCAGUUAGAAAGGUCCUCAAUCAGAAGUUGGCUCCCCGAUUUUUUAGGCCUUUCCCGGUGUUGGCCAAGGUUGGAUCAGUGGCAUACAGACUUCAGUUACCACCAGGAUCACGCAUUCAUUCAACUUUCCAUGUGUCCCAGUUGAAGAAACAUAUAGGCAAUCACACUGUCCAGGCUACCUUACCCCUAAUCAGUCCUGAUGGAGCUUUAGCAAAAGAUUCUGUCCGUACUAAGCAUGUAAAGGGCUACGGUUAUGAAAAGUUUUGAACUGUUUUCUCCUUCUUUGCAAUUCUCUCGUGCUUUCCUCCCUGCUUCUUUUUUUUCUCUCUUCUCUCUCGUGCUUCGGUUAUUUGGUUGGUAACAUAUUAUUCUCUUACACUCACGUAAUUCAAGAAGCCAUAAAUACAGUACUUACUAUACAUAUUUUAUAUUAUUAUUUAUUGAAAAAAGAUGUAGCUUUUAAGUUUUACUAUUUUAACAUUUCAAUUUUGAAGUUUUAUGACUUUCUUUUCCAGAUUUGUGACCUCUUCACUUCAUGGCUUCACUCUUAGUUGUUCAUCUUCUCUUGUUUCUUUUAUCUCUUUUUGCUUUCAAAUUUUCAUAAGCUUUUCAGUUAACCUUUCAUUUUCAUAUCCUUUUCAUUUUCUUUUAACCUUUCUUGUUUAUAGUUCUACCUUUCAAACCAUUUUCAAAAGUUCAAAAUAAAGAAAACGAAACUUUGUCGGCGGCGGUGCAGCUUGAGAUGGUGGCCGGCCAAAGCAUAGAGAUCAAGCAGAUGGUGAAGGGACUAAGGCAUUUUGCCUUUUUUCUUUUCAUUUGGAUCUGUUUUUUGGGCUAGGAAUAGUCAUUGACCGGUUCCAACUAUUAAGAUAAAAUGGAUUUUUUUAAGGUUUGAACCUGAAUAAUUUAAACCUAAACACAAAAUCGGUUAAGUCGAUUUCAUCCGGUUUAAAAGGGUUAUUCCCCGGUUGGCGGUUCAAAUGGUUAUCACUGAAGGCAGUUUAAUUUACCAGGAUAAAUUGCUGACUCACAGUAUUUUUAACCAAAAUCUAUACACUAGAACUAGAAGAAGUAUUCCCGUCCUGCCCGGCCCUUGAUCAAAUCCUUUUGAAAACAAAUUCAAUCAACCCCUUCAAUUUUAAUUACCUCCGCCCCGCCUUUCCCCAUCCUAAAAGAAGGAAAAAAAAAAAAUACACCCUCAAAUUUUGGCAGACCAAUACCGCGUUGGAUUAACGCUCAAAAAAAAAAAAAAAACAGAAAAAGAAAAAAAGAAAAAAGAAAUCAAAAAACAAAAAUCCAGUAGGCGCCUUGUUCUUCUCCAUAUAUUAAACACUUAAACGAAUCUGCUUUGCCAUUGCCAUUGCCUUUGUUGUUUUUUGUUGUUGUAUUUGGACAUUAAUCAAAUGAGGAAGGGCGGUAAGAGAAAAUCCACCUCUCAGAAACAAGAGACCGAAGUAAAAGCUUCGUCUUCUUCGCAAGAGAAUCAGAAGGAGAACCAUAAACUUGCUUCCAAAGCUAAGCGUGCUAAGUCCUCCAAGCCUCAACCCCAGCCUGAGUAUUUUGAAGAUAAGCGUAACUUGGAGGAUUUAUGGAAAGCUGCAUUUCCUGUUGGAACAGAGUGGGAUCAAUUGGACAGUGUUUACCAAUUCAACUGGAACUUUUCAAAUCUAGAAGAGGCAUUUGAAGAGGGGGGGAAGCUAUAUGGAAAGAAAGUUUAUCUCUUCGGUUGCACAGAGCCUCAAUUGGUUCGUUACAAGGGAGAAAACAAAGUCAUUUGUAUACCUGUGGUUGUGGCUGUUGUCUCUCCUUUCCCACCUUCAGAUAAGAUCGGUAUUAACUCAGUGCAGAGAGAAGCUGAAGAGAUUGUUCCAAUGAAACAAAUGAAAAUGGACUGGGUUCCAUAUAUUCCACUUGAGAAUAGAGACAGCCAAGUUGAUAGACUGCAAUCUCAAAUGUUCAUUUUAAGUUGCACUCAAAGAAGGGUUGCUUUAAAACAAAUGAAUAUAGACCGUCUCAAGAAAUAUGAGUAUUGUCUGCCUUAUUUUUAUCAGCCUUUGAAGGAAGAUGAGCUUGAACAAAGCACCGAGGUUCAGAUAAUUUUUCCAGCGGAACAAAAGCCAGUUUUUUGUGAAUUUGAUUGGGAGCUGGAUGAACUUGAUGAGUUUACUGAUCAACUGAUUGAGGCAGACGAAUUAGAUAAAGAUAAAAAAGAUGCCUUUAAGGAGUUUGUCAAAGAGAAAGUCAGAGAAGCAAAGAAAGUUAAUCGGCAGGCAAGAGAAGCUCGCAAAAAGGCCCUUGAAGAAAUGAGUGAGGAAACCAAAGCCGCAUUUGAGAACAUGAGAUUUUCCAAAUUCUACCCUAUUCCAACUCCAGAUACUCCUGAUGUAUCAAAUGUGAAGGCUCCUUUCAUAAACAGGUAUUAUGGGAAGGCUCAUGAGGUUCUCUAACGGAGUUUCCAUUUAGGAUGUAAUGUAAGUUGUUGAGAGAUGUUCUAAAGCUCGUGCUGGCUUGCAAGAGCGCAUAUCAGGCAUGUAUCUGUGACUCAGUUAUCUUUGGGAGCUUUCAUCUCGUGUCCCAUCACAGCCAGGUAUCUUAGGAGAAAGCUUUAAACCCCAUAGCUAUUUAGAUAAUUUAAUCAGAUGAUUGUCUCGUGACAAUAGGAGGAAUUUGUAGAAUACUCUGUUGAGGUUUUUCCAAAAAGUUUUGAAUGACUUAUGGUCAGGAGCUAAAAGUUCUUCCCUUGAGUAUCUUGGUUUUAUCUACCUUCCGACUUAAAUUGUACUAUGAACAAAUUCAAUGAGAAAAAGACUAGCCAAAUAUAAUGCUAUUUCUGUUUUUAACUCCGUGAAUCAUAUGGGAAUCUCAUGGUUUUUGAAUGCCCUGUAUUCUUACAAGGUAACUAGCUGGGGCUUUACAUCCUUCUGAUUCGAAUAGAACAGUGAUCUUCAGACCCCAAAUGGAGAAGCUGCAUGCUGUUCAUCUUGUGUAAUAUGAUAUAACAGGUUCAGGAAGUAUGAAUAACACAGGACAUUACAUUUGAGAGGAAAUGCAACAAGGAUAGAAUCUCCGGUGGGGAAAAAUCAAUAGUAUCAUAACAGUGCGUAUGAAAGGUGCGCAAAUAAGCCACUGCAAGAAUCAUUGAGACACCAAACAUCUUUUGGCAUUUCGACAGUGUGGGCCCAUAAAUUGAAAGAUGGCACUUUCCGCGGGGGUUCACCUAUUGAAAUCAAAAGUCAAAGCAUCAUUUAGUGUUUCUGAAACGUUUGAGGUUAUCUUAGGGGAAAUAUCGCAAAGAAAAAAAAAGCAAUUUACUAUGAUGUAUUUGAGUGUGUUUUGCGUUUAAAACUGUUGUUUUCAUGUGUAUUUGAGCGAUUACCGAACACAAAUUGAAAUUAAAAAUGCACCUAAUCUAACGGUCAAACAAUUCAAAAUAGAUCAGAACACUGAAUUCAAAACUAAAA